AUGGCGGCGCCGACCGUGGAUUUGAAGGUCGACCAUUUCUGGGUGAGAGGUCAACAUGUGAGACACUACGCUGGUGCUACGCGCGAUGGACGAGACGACACGUCUUUGAUGCUCUCGGUGAAGAGGUACACGCCCGUCUACGAUACCCAGUCGCAGGGCAAGCGGCUGCGUACCGUCACCAUAUUAGGUGCCCAUGGCGUGGGCUUUGUGAAAGAGCUGUAUGAACCUCUCUGGGCCGAGCUCGUUCCGCGGUUGGACGCGCAGGGUGUGCGUGUUAAGGGAAUAUGGAUAGCCGACAUGUCUCAUUUCGGAAUGAGUGGCGUGCGGAAUGAGGACGUAUUGGGUGAUCAGCCAUCAUGGAUGGACUACCCGCGCGACCUGCUCUGCAUCAUUAACCAUUUCCGGGACGAGAUGACGGCGCCAAUCGUUGGCAUAGGGCACAGCACUGGUGCCACCUCAUUAAUUGCUUUGGCGCUGUUCCAUCCGAGACUUCUGACGCAUCUUGUCAUGAUCGAGCCAAUAAUGGGCGAAGUGCUCCUGCCAACCAAGUUCCUAGCCUAUCGUACAAUCAACAACCCGGAUAGCUGGCCGUCAAUAGAGAUCGCCAAGGCGUACUUCAAACGUACCACGCCGUGGAAGUCAUGGGAUCCCCGCGUCCUCGAUCGUUGGAUGGCUCACGGUGUACGCGCCGUACGAAAGGCUGGCUCAGAAUCGACAGAGGUACGGCUGUCGACUUGCAAGCACCAGGAAGCCAUCACAUAUCUCUGGCUGAGAGAAGAUGGCCAAGCGUUCCAGGUUCCAGGCUCGGUUGAGAUAACUGCUAGAUUCCCAAGCUUGCAGUCGUCCGUACUGUUCAUCUUUGGUGGUAGCAGCGGGUUGGUGUCGCCAGAAAGACGUGCGCUCGCACUGGAGACAACUGGUACGGCAUCAGAUGGCAGUGGUGGUCAGGCGGCUGGUAGGGUCGAGCAGCAUCUGCUGGAGGGCAAAGGUCAUCUCUUGCCGUUCGAGGAUGUGGUCGAUUGCGCGGAGCUGGCUGCCAAAUCUAUCAGCAAGUUUGUCGUUCCAAGCGUUCGCGCAGGGAACGCAGCAGGUGUCAACGGCCUGGAGAAACCUCCUGCAGCAGGAGAUGACUGCGAUAGUGAAACCAAGGGCGAGGAUGUGAUAGAGGCGUCAAUCGAGCGUUGA